CUGCAUCUCCCUGGACUGGCAAUCUGGGGAGCCCCUCAACCCCUCUGACCAAGCUCAACUGCAAGCGAACAUCGCCUUUGCUCUUCUGAACGUAUUUUGGCAAACCGGCAUCAUGGAUCGUUCAUCAGUAUACACGACUCGCACCUGGCAACCGAGCUUUGACGAAGACGCCUCGGCCCGCACGGAAAUUCAAAAUGGCCUCGAAGCCUUCAUCCGAGGUUUUCGCAUCGAUAAUAACUACAUUUAUCGAGAUCAAUUGAGGGAGAAUGCGCUCCUCCAACAAUACUAUUGCGACAUCAACAUCACAGACCUCAUCACAUAUAGCGAGGACCUCGCGGGCAAGCUCAUCUCUGAGCCAACAGAUGUCAUUCCCCUGUUCGAAGCAGCAUUGCGGAAAGAAGCCCACCGCAUUCUCUUCCCUCACGAUCCCAAGGCCCAAGUGCCCGCACACCAACUUCUCAUUCAUUCCGACGCUCAAGAUGUAUCGAUUCGCGAUCUCGACUCCAUGAAGAUCUCACGCCUUGUCCGCGUGCCUGGCAUUGUGAUUGGUGCCUCGGUCAUGUCCUCCAAGGCCACUGAGCUUCACCUGCAAUGUCGGAGUUGCGGUCACCAAACGUCCCUACCCAUUCUUGGCGGCUUUACAGGUGUGACCCUGCCGAGAACUUGCGGUCGGUCGCGGAAGCCAGGAGACCCGGACACGAACUGUCCCAUGGAUCCCUACUUCGUUCUGCACGAGAAGUCGAAAUUCGUCGACCAGCAAAUCAUCAAGCUGCAAGAAGCUCCGGAUCAGGUGCCCGUCGGAGAGUUGCCGCGUCACGUUCUAGUCUCAGCCGAUCGAUACCUCACAAACCGCGUCGUGCCCGGGUCAAGAUGUACCAUCAUGGGCAUUUUCUCUAUCUAUCAAAGCAAGGGUUCCAAGAAUUCAUCCACCAGUGGCGCUGUCGCCAUCCGCACCCCGUAUUUAAGAGCCGUGGGCAUCACGGGAAACAACGAUCAGCGUUCCCAGAGAAGUCUGCAAUACACGGACGAGGAAGAGCAAGAGUUCUUGGAGCUUAGCCGGAGACCCGACCUUUACAACAUCAUGGCCGACUGCAUUGCCCCCUCAAUCUACGGCAAUCGCGACAUCAAGAAGGCCAUCCUCUGCCUGUUGCUGGGCGGCUCCAAGAAGAUCCUGCCGGACGGGAUGAAGUUACGUGGAGACAUCAACGUCCUAUUGCUUGGUGAUCCAGGUACUGCAAAGUCACAAUUACUCAAGUUCGUGGAGCGGGCCGCGCCUACUGCCAUCUACACAUCCGGAAAGGGUUCGUCCGCAGCUGGUCUGACUGCUUCGGUGCAGCGUGAUGCGUCGACCCGUGAGUUCUACCUCGAGGGCGGCGCCAUGGUACUCGCGGAUGGCGGCGUCGUGUGCAUUGACGAGUUCGACAAGAUGAGAGACGAGGAUCGCGUGGCCAUCCACGAGGCAAUGGAGCAGCAAACCAUCUCCAUUGCCAAAGCUGGUAUCACUACGAUCCUCAACGCCAGAACAUCGGUACUCGCAGCUGCCAAUCCUAUCUUUGGUCGCUACGAUGACAUGAAGACCCCAGGCGAAAAUAUUGAUUUCCAGACCACAAUCUUGUCUCGUUUCGACAUGAUCUUUAUCGUCCGAGACGAGCACUCCACCGACAAGGACAAGAUCAUGGCGAGACACGUCCUGGGUCUGCACACGAAUGAGCAGCGUGAAGAGGAGAUCGAAGCGGAGAUCUCUGUGGAAAAGAUGAAGCGAUACUUCACAUACUGCAAGACUCGCUGUGCUCCUCGCCUCAGCUCAGAAGCUUCAGAGAAGCUGUCGUCCCACUUUGUUUCCAUCCGUCGACAAGUUCACGCCGCUGAAAUGGAGGCCAACACCCGCUCGUCCAUUCCCAUCACCGUUCGCCAGCUCGAGGCUAUCAUCCGCAUCACCGAGUCCUUAGCCAAGUUGACACUCUCUCCCAUUGCUACCGAAGAGCACGUCGACGAGGCUAUACGCCUCUUCCUCUGCUCCACCAUGGACGCCGUCAACCAAGGUAGCAACCAGGGGAGCCGAGAGCUGAACGACGAGGUCAACAGACUGGAGAUGGAGCUGAAGAGGAGGUUGCCGAUUGGUUGGAGCACCAGCCAAGCGACAUUGAGGAGGGAAAUGGUGGAGGGCAAGGGCUUCAGUGAGCAAGCACUGAACCGGGCGUUGAACAUUCUGCAGAAGAGAGAUACCAUCAUGUACAGGCAUUCGGGAGCGCAGAUAUACAGGAACGGCGCUUGAUGGAACACGAGGAGAUUGUGUAGUCGACGAUCCUAUGAUCGAUGUAUUGGAACGUGUCAUGAUCAACAGCCUUCAGAACC